UUCAGCCCGCACUUGCACCCCCCACAUGUUUGAUAAAAUUCCCAACCGAAAUAGCUCUCUACAAAGGUCCUCUCUUCAAUGUUCUGUAGAGCCAUUCUUGACAGAAUUCUAACAUCCUCCUCCACCGCCACCAGGCCCACCGCCGUUCUCAGAAGCAUAACAACGGCUGCUGCCGCCAUUGGCCCGGGCGAGAAGGCCGGUGGUCGGGGAGGAGUGUCAAACGAUGACUAUUUCGCCACCAUUCAUCACAUAUCAAACGUCGUCCGGCGAGACAUCUACUUGGAGAGGACUCUGAAUAAGAUGAGAAUCUCUCCCAUUGUCAACUCGGAGCUCGUUUAUCGCGUCCUCCGCAGCUGCCCCAGAAAUGGCAUCGAGUCCUUUCGUUUCUUCAACUGGGCGAGGACCCAGCAUCCCCACUACGAUCCCACCACCGUUGAGUUUGAAGAGCUUCUCAAGACCCUCGCCCGAACCGCUCACUGGGAGACAAUGUGGAAGGUUGUUCAGCAGAUGAAGACACAAAACAUUCCUGUGACACCCUCCAUAGCUUCUUUUGUGAUUGAACAAUAUGGGAAACAUGGCCUCAUUGAUCAGGCGGUUCACCUCUUCAACCGCCUCAAGAACUUGAACUGUCCCCAAAACACUGAAGUCUACAAUUCACUGCUUUUGGCUCUCUGUGAGGUGAAGAAUUUCCAGGGAGCCUACGCGUUGAUCCGUAGGAUGACACGCAGAGGAGUCACCCCAGACAAGAGGACUUAUUCCAUCCUCGUGAACGGCUGGUGCUCCGCGGGGAAGAUGAGAGAGGCCCAGAGGUUCUUAGAGGAGAUGAGCCGAAAGGGGUUCAACCCUCCUGUCCGGGGACGGGACCUACUCAUUGAUGGGUUGUUAAACGCGGGGUAUAUGGAGUCCGCAAAGGGACUGGUGAGGAAAAUGACCAAAGAGGGCUUCAUACCCGACGUGGAGACGUUCAACUCUUUGGCGGACGCGUUGUGCAACAAGUCAGAUGAAUCUGACUUCUGCAUUGGCCUGUUCGACGACGUUUGUAGGGUAGGGCUGUGCCCUAAUGUGGAGACCUACAAGAUCAUUAUAUCCGCGGCUUCGAAGCUGGGGAGGGUUGAAGAUGCAUUUAGGGUCUUUCACAGGUGCGUCGAGGAAGGGACCAGACCGUUUCCUAGUCUGUAUGCCCCUAUUUUGAAGGCCCUCUGUCGCGUAGGGCGAUUUGAUGACGCGUUCUGUUUCUUUGGUGAUGUAAAGGCGAAGGGACACCCUCCGAAUCGGCCGGUUUAUACAAUGAUGAUUAAGAUGUGUUGUCGCGGGGGGAGGUUCGUCGAGGCUGCAAAUUAUCUGGCGGAGAUGAGGGAGGCGAACAUGUUGCCGAUGUCGCAGAGUUUUGAUAUGGUCACUGAUGGGUUGAAGCAGUGUGGGAAGCAUGAUUUAGCCAAGAGGAUGGAGCAAAUGGAGAUAUCAAUGAGGGGUGUUUGAGUACUUUUGGGUACAAAUAUGAUAUACUCCGUAUUUAUUUAUCUAUAGAUAUGUAGUGAAGUGAAGAAGGGAAAAAAAAUGCUAAACAUGCCCACUUUUGCCCUCUACAUUUAUACAAACAUGAUAAACCCAUUCAUUUGUUUACUCCCUCCGUCUCAUUUUUUUAUAUUUUGUUUAUUUGGCACAAUCUGUAAUGUACCGGAGUAAAGCGGAAAAACAAUG